CUUACCGAGAAGUACGGCAGCUGUGUCCGAGCUGCGGAGGGAAAUAGGGAUUGGACCUACGUUUUCAAAAUCGUCAAUUUUAUGAGGAUUCCCUGACACUCUUGGAACUUUUAUGUUUGUUUGAACUUCUAAAGGAUGUAUUACUGCUAAUAUUUUAAUAGAAGCGUUGGGAUUUCCACCGAAAUGGGGGGGAAUAUUCCUUGGAUAUUCCUUUCAAUUAUAUUCACUAUUCAUAAUUGUGAAGGAUUCCGCUGCGAGAAUAAAAACAGACCGUGUGAAAAUGGAGGGACUUGCAUGGACUCACCUGGUCGAUGCAUAUGCCGGCCCGGCUACAUUGGACCUCUCUGUCAGCACCUGGACCCCUGUCUCCGGUCGCCAUGUCUCAACGGAGCUGCCUGCAAGAGCCAGGUGGCCAACGGCAUCCCACAGUUCACCUGUGUGUGCCACCGAGGGUUCCGAGGUCAGGACUGCUCCCUCAUAGACGCGUGUGCCACCAGCCCCUGUGCCAACGGUGCCCGCUGUGCCAAUUGGAACAGCCACUACAACUGCUCCUGCCCGCCCGGGUUCCAAGGCAAGAACUGUCGCAGCGACAUCGACGAGUGCCGCAAGCCCGGCCUGUGCCUCAACGGAGGCCUGUGCCUGAACGCGCACGGCUCCUUCCGCUGCCAGUGUGUCCCGGGGUACAGCGGGCGCACCUGUGAGGUGUCCUCCCUGCCCUGCGCCCCCUCCCAGUGCCUCAACGGGGGGACCUGCCGCCAGACCAGCGAUCACACCUACGAAUGUGCUUGUCUGCCAGGGUUCGAAGGCCACAACUGCGAGACCAACAUGGACGACUGCCCGGGCCACAAGUGUAUGAACGGAGGCCUGUGUGUGGACGGGGUCAACACCUACAACUGCCAGUGCCCGCCUGAGUGGACAGGCCAGUACUGUGCCGAGGACGUGAACGAGUGCCUCAUGCAGCCCAACGCCUGCCACAACGGCGGCACGUGCUUCAACACCAUCGGCAGCCACACGUGCGUGUGCGUCAACGGCUGGACGGGCGACGACUGCAGCGAGAACAUCGACGACUGCACCACCGCCAUGUGCUUCAACGGCGCCACCUGCCACGACCGCGUGGCCUCCUUCUUCUGCGAGUGCCCCGUGGGGAAGACGGGCCUGCUGUGUCACCUGGACGACGCCUGCGUCAGCAACCCGUGCAACGAGGGCGCCGUCUGCGACACCAACCCCCUGAACGGCCGCGCCAUUUGCACCUGCCCCGCUGGCUUUGUGGGCGGAGCCUGCAACCAGGACAUGGACGAGUGUUCCAUCGGUGCCAACCCCUGCGAGCACUUUGGGAAGUGCGUGAACACCGAGGGCUCCUUCCAGUGCCAGUGCGGCCGAGGCUACGCCGGGCCCCGCUGUGAGAUCGACAUCAACGAGUGCCUGUCCAUGCCCUGUCACAACGACGCCACCUGUCUGGACCGGAUAGGGGAGUUCACCUGCAUCUGCAUGCCAGGCUACAUGGGGACCUACUGCGAGGUGGAUGUGCACGAGUGCGAGAGCAACCCCUGUGUGAACGACGGCAUCUGCAGGGACAUGGUCAACGGCUUCACGUGCACCUGCCAGCCAGGGUUUACAGGCACCAUGUGUCAGAUCGACAUUGAUGAGUGCGCCAGCACGCCCUGCCAGAACGGAGCCAAGUGCUUCGACCGCCCCAAUGGAUACGAGUGCCGCUGCGCUGAGGGAUACGAAGGCACUCUCUGCGAGAGCAACAUCAACAACUGCCAGCCCGACCCGUGCCACCACGGCACCUGCGUGGACGGCAUCGCCAGCUACACCUGCGACUGUGACCCGGGCUACACCGGCUACCGCUGCGAGAACCAGCUGAACGAGUGCCACAGCAACCCCUGCCAGAACGGGGGCAAGUGUGUGGACCAGGUCAACAAGUACAUCUGCCAGUGUCAGCACGGGACGUCAGGCACGAACUGCGAGAUCAACUUCGACGACUGCGCCAGCGGCCCGUGCGACUACGGCAUAUGCAAGGACGGCAUCAACCGUUACGACUGCGUCUGCAAACCGGGCUUCACUGGUCCCCACUGUAACGUGGAGAUCGACGAGUGCUCCUCGAGCCCCUGCAGGAACGGAGGGACCUGCAUGGACGAGGAGAACGGCUUCCACUGCAAGUGUCCCGAGGGCUUCAAGCCGCCCUACUGUUACUCCCAGGUGGACGAGUGCGGCAGCAGCCCAUGUGUCCACGGAGCAUGCAGGGACGACGUCAACGGAUACCGUUGUGACUGCGAGCCAGGCUGGGUGGGGAAGAACUGUGACCUGGACCGGAACGACUGUCUGCCCAGCCCCUGCCAGAACGCGGGCACCUGCAUCGACCAGCUCAACGGCUUCACCUGCAAGUGUCGCCAGGGCUUCAAGGGUAACCUGUGCCAGGUGAACAUCAACGAGUGUGGCUCCAGCCCCUGCCUGAACCAGGGCACCUGUGUGGACGGAGUGGCCAGCUUCACCUGCCUGUGCGAGCUGCCCUACAGCGGGCCCACCUGCGCCGACGUCCUCACCCCCUGCUCCCCCAACCCCUGCGCCAACCACGCCCUCUGCGUGCACACGCCCGACUACCUGGGGUACCAGUGCAACUGCCAAACGGGGUGGCAAGGCCAGCUGUGCAACAUCGACGUGAACGAGUGCGUCUCGAACCCGUGUAAGAACUGGGGGACGUGUACCAACAACCUGGGAGGCUUCGUGUGCUCCUGCAGGGCCGGCUACACGGGCCCCAACUGUGAGACGGACAUCAACGACUGUUCACCUAACCCCUGCCUGAGUGGGGGCUCCUGUACGGACAGCGUCAACUCGUUCCGCUGCAGCUGCCUGCCCGGCUUCACGGGGCCCCGCUGUGCCCAGGAGGUGGACGAGUGCCAGAGCGGCCCCUGCAAGAACGCCGGCACCUGCACCGACUACGUCAACUCCUACACCUGCGGCUGCAGGCCGGGCUUCACCGGCAUCCACUGCGAGACCAACAUCCACGACUGCACAGAGAGCUCCUGCUUCAACGGAGGGACCUGCAUCGACAAGAUCAACGGCUACUCCUGCACGUGUCGCUCGGGCUUCACCGGCUCCCACUGCCAGUACGAGGUUAACGAGUGCGACUCGCAGCCCUGCCUCAACGGAGGCAUCUGCCAGGACGCCCUCGAGUCCUUCCGCUGCUCCUGCCCCAAGGGCUACACAGGCAACCGCUGCCAGAUGCCGGUGGACUGGUGCCGACGCUCCUCCCCCUGCCAGAACGGAGGGCGCUGUCGGCAGAAGGACGCCUCCUUCUCCUGCGACUGCACGGGCGGCUGGUCCGGACGCUACUGCGACAUCCCCGGGGUGUCCUGCGAGGUGGCGGCCCGCCAGAGAGGCCUCCAGACCGACGAGCUGUGUCACCGCGGGGGCCACUGCGUCAACACGGGGAACGCGCACUACUGCAAGUGUCCCGCCGACUACACGGGCAGCUACUGCGAGAGCCAGGUGGAUCACUGCGAGGACAAGCCGUGCCGCAACGGCGCCACCUGCAGGGGAUACGUGGGAGGCUACCAGUGCGACUGCAUGCCCGGCUACACGGGAGAUAAUUGCAAGAUGGAGAUCAACGAGUGCCAGUCUCACCCGUGCCAGAACGGAGGCACGUGCAUCGAUCUGGUGGGCCACUACAUCUGCUCCUGCCCGCCGGGCACUCUGGGGGUCCUCUGCGAGAUUAACGAGGACGACUGCGCCCCGCCCCCGAGGCCUCGCGGGGCCCCGCCCAAGUGCCUGAACAACGGCACGUGCGUGGACCGAGUGGGCGGCCACCGCUGCAACUGCCCCCCGGGCUUCACCGGGGACCGGUGCGAGGGGGACAUCAACGAGUGCCGCUCCAGCCCCUGCAGCCAGGCCAACACCCUGGACUGCAUCCAGCUCCCCAACGACUACCUGUGCGUCUGCAAGCCCGGCUUCACAGGUCGCCGGUGCCAGAGUCGCUUCAGCGCGUGCGAGUCUCAGCCCUGCCAGAACGGAGGGGCCUGCUCCGUGUCCGGCAGCGCCGCCCUGGAAUACACCUGCACCUGUCAGCUGGGCUAUCUCGGCUCCGACUGCGAGAGGAGCCUCUCCUGCCGCGAGCUGUCCUGCUUCAACGGGGCCAGCUGUGCCCAGACCACGCGGGGCGCCCGCUGCACCUGCCCGCCGGGCUACGCCGGCCCCCAGUGCCAGCACCGCAGCAGCGAGGGCUGCUCCUCCCAGCCCUGCCGCAACCGGGGCCAGUGCACCGAGGAGGCCAGCUACCCCUUCUUCCACUGCCAGUGCGCCGGCGGCUGGACGGGCAAGCGCUGCGAGCAGGCCGGCGGCAACAGCCCGGCCGAGUCGGCCCCGCCCGCCUGCCCGCUGACCGACUGCCACGCCAAGUCCAACGACGGCGUGUGCGACAAGGAGUGCAACUCGCUGGCCUGCCGCUGGGACGGCGGCGACUGCUCUCUGGCGGCCAACCCCUGGGCGCGCUGCCCCGACCCGCGCUGCUGGCGCGUCUUCAACAACAGCCAGUGCGACGAGUCGUGCAACAACGCCGAGUGCCUCUACGACAACUUCGAGUGCCGGAGCAAGGAGAAAGUCUGCAACCCCAUCUACGAGAGCUACUGCAUCGACCACUACGCCGACGGCCGCUGCGACCAAGGCUGCAACACGGAGGAGUGCGGCUGGGACGGCCUGGACUGCGCCGGCAAGGUCCCGGAGGACCUGGCCGACGGGCUCCUGGUCCUGGUGGUCCUCCUGCCCCCGGAGGAGCUGCUGCGCACCAGCGCCGCCUUCCUGCAGAAGCUGAGCGCCAUCCUGCGCACCACGCUGCGCUUCCACCUCGACAGCGACGGCCAGGCCAUGAUCCGGCCCUACACCCGCCGCGAGGCGCGCAUCAAGCGCGAGUUCCAGCCCAACCAGGAGGUCAUCGGGUCGAUCGUUUACCUGGACAUAGACAACCGCCUGUGCUCGCAGGGCUUCGACGACUGCUUCCCCUCGGCCGAGAGCGCCGCCGACUACCUGGGAGCCCUGUCGGCCAGGGAGAUGCUCCGCUUCCCCUACCCCCUCAAGGAAGUCCGCAGCGAGAAGAUUCCCGACUCGCCCGACGUGCCCGAGUGGGGGAAGCUGAUGCUGGUGGGCGUGGCGGCCGUCUUCCUAUUGGUCAUCCUGGUGGUGGGCAUGCUGAUCGCUCGCAGGAAGAGAGAGCACAGCACUCUGUGGUUCCCCGAGGGCUUCUUCCUCAAGAAGGAGCCCAGCAGCAACAAGAACCGUCGAGAGCCCGUGGGCCAGGAUGCUCUGGGCAUGAAACACAUACCUAAGACCGUGGAGGAGUCUCUCCUCGGAGACCACAGUGACCAGUGGAUGGACACAGACUGCCCAGAGGCCAAGAGACUCAAGGUGGAGGAACCCAGCAUGCUGUCGGACAGCGAGGACGCGGUGGACUGCAGACAGUGGACCCAGCACCACCUGGCGGCCGCAGACAUCCGCGUGCCCCCCUCCAUGGCCCUGACCCCGCCCCAGGGAGAGUUCGACAGCGACGGCAUGGACGUCAACGUCCGAGGCCCAGACGGCUUCACCCCCCUCAUGCUGGCGUCCUUCUGCGGAGGCGGCCUGGAGCCCGAGGUGGCGGAGGAGGAGGAGUCGGAGGAGUGCUCGGCCAACAUCAUCUCCGACCUCAUCUACCAGGGCGCCUCGCUGGCGGCCCAGACGGACCGCACCGGCGAGACAGCCCUCCACCUGGCGGCCCGCUACGCCCGCGCCGACGCCGCCAAGAGGCUGCUGGACGCGGGGGCCGACGCCAACGCGCAGGACAACACGGGCCGCAGCCCACUGCACGCCGCCGUGGCCGCGGACGCACAGGGCGUCUUCCAGAUUCUGAUCCGAACCCGCGCCACUGACCUGGACUCGCGCAUGUACGACGGCUCCACCGCCCUCAUCCUGGCUGCCCGCCUGGCGGUGGAGGGCAUGGUGGAGGAGCUGAUCACCUGCCACGCCGACGUCAAUGCCGUCGAUGAACUGGGCAAGUCUGCCUUGCACUGGGCGGCGGCUGUCAACAAUGUGGAGGCCACCCUGGCCCUGCUGAAGAACGGAGCCAACAAGGACAUGCAGGACCUCAAGGAAGAGACUCCCCUGUUCCUGGCGGCCCGCGAGGGAAGCUGCGAGGCGGUGAAGGUCCUGCUGGCCCACUUUGCCAACCGCGAGAUCACCGACCACAUGGACCGCCUGCCCCGCGACAUCGCCCAGGAGCGCAUGCACCACGACAUCGUCCAGCUGCUGGACGAGUACAACACGGUGAGGAGCCCCCAGGGCCACGGGGGCGCCGGCCACCACCUGGCAGGGGGCCACACCUUGUCCCCCCUCAUGUGCCCCCCCAGCGCCUUCCUGCCCAGCCUGAAGAACACCCCCCAGGGGAAGAAGAGCCGUCGCCCCGGGGCCAAGGGCUCCAGCCUGGGAAGCCAGCACGCCGCCAACCUCAAGGAGUCCGCCAAGGCGCGCAACAAGAAGCUGACUCUGGACAUGCAGAGCGCCCUGCUGGAGAGCUCCGUCACCCUGUCUCCGGUCGACUCCCUGGACUCCCCGCGCGGCGGGGCGAGCAACGCCGGCUACAUGACCAACCCCACCUCCCCGGUGGCCAUGGCCUCCCCGGGGCUGUUCCACACCUCCAUGUCGGUGCCCAACACCCCCAUGGUGCACGGCAGCAUGAUGGAGGGAGCGGGCCCCUUCGCCGUGUCCCUGGCCCAGCUCAACGACCUGGGCGACGGAGGCCUGACCAUGCAGGCCCGCGUCGCCAUGGCCAACCAGGGCCACGGCUACGUGCUCAACGCCGGCCAGAUGGGCAUCAACAUGGGCAUGGUCAGCCCCGUCAGCGUGCCCUUCGACUGGCACAGCCGGAUGACCCCCUCCUCCCAGUGCGGCCCGCAGGUGGUCAACCUGGUCCACAGCAGCCAGGCGGGCAUGCACCCCCAGAGCCCCGCCAUGCAGCAGCAGCAGCAGAACAGCAUGCUCAUGCACCAGCAGCAGAUGUACCGCAGCGCCCAGCAGGCCAUGCUGCAGCCCACUCCCGUCUCCGGCGCGCCGCCCUCCCUCAGCCCCGUCAAGCUGGCCUCCAUCGCAGAGCAGCAGCAGCAGCAGCUCCACAACCACAGCCUAGCCAGCCAGCAGAGCCUAGCCCGCAUGAGCGCCUCCACCCCGCCCACCCCCCAGACGACACAGCCCCCGCCCGCCUUCUUCCAGCAGCAGCCUCCCCAGCAGCCUCCUCAGGCCCAGGCUGCCCCUCAGCCCAGCCAGGCAGCCGCCCCGGCAGCCCAGCCCUCUCAGGGCCCUCCGCCCCAAGCCAGCAGCAGCACAGGGCUGGAGGAUUACCCGACCCCGCCCUCCCAGCACAGCUACUCCUCUGCCCUGGAUGCCACCCCCAAGCAUUACCUCCACAUGCCCAGCGAGCACCCCUACCUGACCCCCUCCCCAGAGUCGCCGGAGGCCUGGUCCAGCCCCUCCCCUCACUGCGUGUCUGAUUGGUCAGACUCCACGCCCAGCCCGGCAGUGGCUGGACCUGCCCAGACCCAGAUCCCCCAUGUCCAGGAGGCCAAUGGCAAGAUGCAGGUGUUUGCAUAAAGAUCCCAAGGCUCCUCGUUAAGUAAAGGACCAGGGGGGGUGAGAGAGAGACGGCAGCAGGCUCAUGGGUCUGGCUGUGUUUAUGUGUCAGCCUGUUUCCAAGAUUUUAAUUGGAUUUGGAUUGACUGUGUUUUAUCAAGAGGAUCGUCUGCUAGUGAUGUUUGCAGAGAAAGAGUAAAGGGAAAUGUGUGUUGUCUGUAAAAAAAAAAAAAGAGCAGACAAUUUAAUGAAGUAAGACUUAUUCUGUCACAGAUGGACUUGUUUUUUUAUUAUAAAAAAAAAAGUAUAUGAAGAAAACUAAGUCUUUCAUUUCAAAGAUUUAGAGACGCUGUCCUGAAACUAACAAACUUUUUAAAAAGUAGAUGAAAGAAAAAAAGUGCGAAAUGUCGAAGGGAAUGCCUUCUGUUUUUAUUUAUUGUUUUUGUGUCUCUCUGAACUGCCUUUUCUGAGGCGUUUCCUCUCUCUUUCUGUCUUGAUCUGUCAAACAAUUUUGGAUUGUUACGUUGGACACAAGUUUACCCGAGGCCGGGGAAGAAUGGGAUUUUAUAAUGAAAAUAGAUAGUCAUUCAUAACCAACCAUUUAUAUAACUCUGUUAUAUACUCUGUAAGAAUUUCUACCGGGUUGUCAGGCAGAAAGAGUAAGAGGUCUCGCCUCACUUGACUGAUGUUAUUUAUUUAGGCCAACUAGAUAUAUAAAUGAUCAAUUGGCUCUGAAAAAUAUGUACUCUUCAGUUAGCCAGCAUUAGUGAUUUAUUUUGAUCUGAUACAAUUCCGAAAACAAAUAAUGAUUACAUUCCGUAGAAGUAUUAUGUCUAAGAAUGUAGACGGGUGUCUCUGAAGCACUUCAUGGGGCCAGCAUUGCAGGGCGGGUGGGGGGGGGGGGGGGGGGGGGACGGAGGAUGGGGGCUCUGACACUGCAGUAAGACUCUCCAGAUAUCUGUAGAUCUGGAGGUUACGUCAUCACUGAGAGUUAUCCAACUGGCUGUCUGUGAUCAGUUAUCCAGCUCUAAAAAGUCAGUGUUUUGUUGAAGUUACCCCCCCUCCCCCCUCUCCAGUUCAGCUCCCCUGGAAUCCAGUCUGGCUGUUGAGGGCAUCUAUAAACCCGGCCUCAGACAACUAUUUUUAAAUAUUGUUUUCAUUCAUUAUAUAAUGUUUUUAGAUGAGGGGAUUGUCUCGCCUUUUUCUAAAUCAGCCUGUCACUGCCCUUUAGUUUUGGUUGUGUUCUUUUGGUUCCUUUGUUUGUUUAAUAUUCUGUAUAUUUGUUGAGACCAUGGUUAUCUUUUUGAACAUUACCUUGAUGUACUAAGCUAUGUUUAUGGGCUGCUAUUCUAAACCACUCUCCUGCAAACAUUCCUGCAUGUUUCCCGUCAGUCUGAUAGCAUGUAGAUGUCGUGUGAAUCCUCCUCUUCCCCUUCGCCGGUACCAUCCACCUCGGAUUGGACCGCGACCAGAACAUAGCUGGUUUCGUGGUUCUUUCCCCCUGACCUCUGUGUUCGUGUUUCUGUCUGGCCUAAAGGAACCCACUUCCUGCGGCGCUGUGGUCGGCCCAGGCACGGUAUGCUCUCUCUCUCUCGCCCCCGUGGUUUCGGUUUUACCGUCAGGUCUGUUGGGCCUGUCGCCGCGGUUUCGGUCGGUUUUGGCGGUCUGCAGGCGUGGCUGCCGGGCUGGGGCUGCUGGUGCUCUGUCACUCCUCAGGGAGGUGUUAUAUGGCAUGCAGAGGAGCGUUCCCUGCAUCUUCAGCAGCUUCCGCCCCGGCAGCCACGGGGGCCGGCAUCUAAGAUGACUCGCUCGAAGACUGAUGGAGAGAACACUACUAUGUAGUGCUGCGCCUUCUGCUUUUGACUGUCGUCCCGGAUGUCGUCCCUAGUGAUCCGACUCGCCUCCAUCUGCCGUGUGGCCAGCUGUAACUUUAGAUAUCUGAGUCUAUGGGAUAGGGACCAUGCUCUGCAUUGAUCCUCACGGAUGGGCUUGCAUUCAUAUAGACCUGUUGAGCGUUGGGCUGGGAAAGUAACUUAAACAACAUAAACUGUGUUUUUGAUUUGGUAAAUGUUGUCUCUUAUUGCAUCCACAUAAUACUGCCCAAACUGUCAGGACUUUGCCUUAACACAGCAGUACAUCUCUCCCAGAACAUUCCAGGGGUUCCAGGCUCCACGACCCUCUGUUGUUUCACAUUCAACUUUUAGUUUUGCUCCAGCAAAUGUUUAUGUCAGACCAGAAAGAACAGUGUUCAACUGAUCUGCUCCCGUUCCAGAUCCAGUUUUGAUUUGUGUGUUUUGAUUUCAGACUGGUCCUUUCAUUUCUUACGUUGGCCACAGUACAAAGUGUUCUGGCCGUUUAAGAUUCCGACUUCUGCCUGUAAAUAUGUUCGUUUUGGGUAGAUAUACUUGUUUAAGAUGAGUCUUAUGUUUCUAAAAUGAUGUACUAAAAAGGAUAAAAACAAAAUGUACUUCCUUUUAGCCUUUUUUGUGAAUCCGAGGAUGUGACUGAUAUUUUAUUGGUCUUGUAUUAUUAGAACAGUCAUAGAUAUUUUCUAUCAUUAUUAUUAAUUCCUAUACUUGUUUAAAAGUAGUUUAAAAUCAUUGUACAUAAAAACCUUUCCACCAUGUUUCUUUCUACAGAAAAAGUUGUAAAAUAAGUUACUUCUAAUAAAAACUUUAGGGAACUACA